AUGGAUUACAAAUUGUCACGGAUCCCCUUUCUCGAGAAAUCCGGUUGGCUAACAAACCUGUUUCAUGGAGGCAAUGAAUCGGGUGAAAACUUCCGUCGGGUCGUCGGCCAAUUUAUCCACGGGGAUCACGGCAACGCAAGCCAAAUUUUCCAACCGUCCGUUGACCGGUCCCUGCUUGACUCUGUAGCUACCUCUGUUGCUACCACUAUUGCUAGCCCAAGAGAGUCUACAUCGCCUCGAACCGACAGGAAGGCUGAAACUCAAGACCUAUCCCCACUGGAAGGGAAAAAGAGAGCAGCCGAAUCCUCAACCCUCUCACGAAAACUGGCAACGCAAGAGAUGCAACGAAAGAGACAUCUAAGCACUACAGAAAUCAGUACGAAGAUGAUAAACGAUACUAUCCAAUACCUACAAACGGCAUCUGAUCACAUCUCAGCUUCCGACACCAUUUCAUCCAGGGAGUGGGCCACGAUGCACCUCGCCACACAAUUGCUACUGAGCAGACACAGCCAGAAGCCAAGUGCCGGAGGUGUGCUGCUGCGGAUGAUGAACGGCUAUAUGAUUGAGAAGCUCCUCCUUCUUCUUAGCUAUCCUUGGUAG